AUGCGACUUUGCUGCAAUUUCUGGGCUGCUGCCUUGAUUCUGGCCACGGCCUCCUCCGGGCUGAGACCACCGAGAUCCUACUACCGGAGGAGUUACUUCAGUGCCCUGGCUCCGGGAGCGGGACAUGGACACGGAUCGGGAUCGUCGUCGAGUUCACUGCCUGGACCCGUGAGACUGGGAUCUUCCGGCUACCUGCGAUCCGAUCUGCAGACGAACGAGAGCAAACAUCGGCAUGUCAGCAAAAAGUAUCCCAAGAAGAGCCACUACAGGCCCUACGGAUCGCAAGAAGAGGAUGACUACUCCGGCGAGCGCUACAAUUCCGCAGAGUACUCCGCAGAGUCCUCCGUCCAGGACAGCCGGGAAUAUUCCAUUGGCACGCAAAUCCGCGUCCAGCAUCCCAUUACAGUGCCCAAAAAGGCGAGUAGCUCGGGAUCUGGAUACCCGAAGCAGCCCAAGUAUGUGACAGCGAUUCCCUACAAGGCCACUGGCUAUGGCUCAGAUGUUCACAUUGGUUCCGCAUCUGGAGAGGAUGUGGGUCCUCCGCCCAAGCGCUCCAAGUGGAAUCCCGUGCAGUACGAUGCGGAAGUAGAUCCCUUCCAUUUGGUGCCCCCACCAAAGGCCACCGCCGCCUCCAGCAGUAAUUCGUAUAGUGUCUAUGAGGCGGAUCAUGAUGACUACGAGGUGGCUCCAGUGCCGCGACCAAAGAGCCAUGAUCGUUACAAGAAUGUGGCCUCCAAAAAGCAGAUCGAAGCCUAUCUGGAGGACCAGCAGAAGCUCUUGGAUGAGGCCAUUAAGGUGCAACUGCUGAAUAACCCCAAGCUGCAAAAGUUCCUCAAGGCACAGGCCCAGGAGCACGAGCACGAGUCACGCCCUGACCUCGAAAUCGAAGACUUUGAGGCCUUUCCGCCCAAUUUUUCGGGUCCCGGACCACUCCGAGGCAAGUACUUGGAUCAUCCACCUCAUCCACCAAAAGGAUCUCGAUCCCGACGGCUUCCACCCAGCGUUGAGCUCCACCGUCCACCCAAAUCCAAGCCGCUGCUGAAGCCCAAGCGAAAGUAUCGAUCGACGGCGCUGGUCAUCAAUGUGUAA